AUCACUGCAAAGUCAACCAUUCAAACUUUCGUAAAGUUUCAUUCGGCGAGAAUUUGGAGUGUUUGCUUAUAAUGGAGACGUUUGUGUCGUAGGAAAUUAACCGAAAUAAAAAACAGAAUGAUGGAGACACUAGAAGGAUGUGUCUUAGAAGACUGGGGUAGAGCUCGUUUGCCAUCUGGUGUUCCAUACUAUGUGAAUCACUCUCUUGGUGUUACACAAUGGGAUCAUCCAGAAUAUGUACGGAUUAUGGAGGAGGUUUUGUCUGCCAACUCUGUAAAAUAUGCUGCCUAUCGAACUGCAUGUAAACUGCGUCGACUUCAGACACGACUGAAACUGAAUGAUGUAGCCCUUCAGUGUGUGGCUUCAGCAUUUGAUAAUGCUGGAUUACGAGCUGGUGAGAACAGUGACAUGGUUCGAGUGAACCAGAUUGAGGAGGUUAUACACCAAAUCCUACGAGCCACUCAUAAACAUCGCCAAGUUCGUGUGACACUUGCCACUCAUCUUACUUUGAACCUCUUGCUUAAUGUAUUUGAUCAGAAACGAACUGGAAUGGUACAGGUGUUAGGAUGUAAGGUUCUAAUGGUGGUGCUGUGUGGGGGCAGACUUCAGGAAAAAUAUCGUUAUCUCUUCUCACAAGUUGCUGACCAUAAUAACUGUUGCACCAGGAGGAGAUUAGCAGCAUUGUUAAGGGACUUGGCACGCAUUCCAGAAUUGCUCUCUGAACAGCCGUCAUUUGGUGUGUCAUUUGUACCUGCAGCAGUUGAAAGUUGUUUUAAAGAGGUUGGUGGAGAAGUUGGCAUAACUGAAGAAGUUCUUUUGGCUUGGCUUCUUCAAGAACCCCAAACUCUUGUAUGGUGGACCACUUUAUACCGACUUACAGCAGCAGAACUUGUGUGCCAUGAUGUAAAAUGUGGCGUCUGCAAACAACGACCUAUUAUAGGUUUACGCUACCAAUGUUUACGAUGUUUAGGCUACAAUCUUUGUCAGGAUUGUUUUCUUCAUGGGAGAACAUCUCGAAGACACAAAAUUUUUCAUCCUAUUCAAGAAUAUUGUCAUGAAUUAACUAAUCACCAGACAACUGGUAAGGAGUGGCGUCGGGCUUUGCUAAAAAUUUUGCGGCAUCGACUGAGUAGUAAUCGCUCUGAAUCAAACAAGCAACGAUAUUUAGCCAUUGCUUCAAAUCCUGAAACAAGCAGUAAUCUCACCAGCUUGUUGUGUGAUGGAGGAGGAGAGCCUUGGAGAGAGGACAGCUGUGAUGACUCUGAUGGAGAGGAGGAACUUAUGUCCAGGACAAUAAUGCAUUCAACUGAGGACUUGCUAUCUAAUCGUUCAAGUGAUUCCAACAGUCAGGACAGCGGAAGGGGAAGUCGGGAUAUUGAGGAUGGCCCAGAGCCCACUAUUUUGCCUAAUUCACCUCGGCACCAAAUACACUCUGUCAUUAUGCAUCUUCAGGAUGGACACAGGCAGCUAGAAGAUGAAGGUAAUGGCAGUGGAGUGAAGCCCACCACUGUUGAGCAGCACACACAGCAACUUCAGACGCAAAUUAAUAGGCUCAAGGCAAUUCUUCAGGCAUUCAACUCUGUUGGAGGUUCAAAGAACAUUGGAAGCAGGAGUGACAACAAUCAGCAGUGCAGCAAGAGAGGCCUGCCACGUCUUGAGAGUACGCCAAUUGUAGGUGAACGUGGAUUACUCCUGAAUCUCUCUCCUAUUUCUACUCAGUCCUCAGCCAAUGACACUGCUGUCCUCGAUAAUAAAGAGAACCACUUUGUUGAGAACAUUCCUGGAACACCUGAUGAGAAACGUGAAGGGUUAAGACCUUUAAGAAUGCCAUUCAGCCCACAGGACAAAAAUAUAUCUAGUACCUCUCCAGUAAACCCUUCUACUCUUGAUGUAGGAGCUGGUAAAAAUGAACAUGCUGCCAAGCUUCCUAGUUUCACGGAAGUAAAUUUCAGUGAUUUGACAUGUUUGACAUCUGGUACAGCAUCAGGAGUUGCAUCACCAACUGAGACUGAAAACAAGAGAAUUGAAGACUGUCUUGAUGAUGAUGCUGCAAGAGAAGUUAGACAAGAAUUAGAAAAUAUAUUGAAGCAGCUUGACCAUAUUUUCCCGUUAUCUGAAUCAGAAAGUGACAACCCAGCAGUGGUUGAUGGAGGAGUUGUGGCGGCUGCUUGUGAACUGGGAGAUGUUUUAGCUGAAUAUGUAAAUGCAGUACCUUCAUGUUUUAUCAGAGAUGAUCAUGGAUCAGAGGAGGAAGCAGAUUUGUCAAGCCACCGAGGUGUUAAGUAAACAAAGAAAACAUGG